ACGCCCCGUCCCUCCGCGUAUAAACCCCGUGGCCCAAACCCUAGCCUCCGCCGCCUGAUGCUCUUCGUCCCGCGCCAGGUUGCACUCGCCUCCUCCCACCCUACCGCCGCCGCCGCCAUGGCCAAGGAGGUGCCCAGGAAGGAGAAGAAGGGCAAGAGCAAGGCGGCCAAGGGCUCCGCCGCCGCCCCCGACGCGAGGGCCGCGGUGGUCGCCUCCGUCGCCGCCUUCCUCGAGUCCGGGGGAUUCCCGCGCACGCUCGCCGCCCUCCAAUCCGAGGCCAACCUCGAGGCGGGUGCUUGGAGGUCGUCGCCGGUGAGCCUGGAAGGUCUGGUCGCCAAAUUCCUGGAAUCGAGCAAUUCUGCUCCAGUAGCCGUCAUCGUGGGAAGCGAUGAGCAAGAUAAAGCAACUGACGGUGCGCUGCAAGAUGCUGGCAACAAAAAGAAGAAGGAUGGUGACACAGUAUUGAAUGAAGCUGACACAAAUGCGAGUGCGCCUUCUUCUCUCCAAGAAGACAAAAUUAGGGGGAAGAAAAAUAAGAAGAAGAAAGGUGGUGCUGAAGCUUGUGAAUCCGAGAGCAAGGCGAGUGAGCCUUCUGCCCAGGAAAAGCCCAAUGAAAAUACGGGUGGUGAGACCAAAGAGAAGAGACAGAAGAAGAAGGGUGACUCUUUAGCGGGUAAUGCUGGUUGUGAUGAAGCAAAUGGAACAGUGAAGAGGGAUGGUCAGAAGUUUGAUGGCAAGAAAAAGAAAAGCAAAAAGCAGGAAAAGGAUGAUGAUGUUGAAGCUAGUCUGGAAAAGGUGGAAUUUGCGAUUAAUAAAAAGUUUGAAGCAGCAGAUAAACUUAAAGAGGAUGGCAAUACCUCGAGACAGGAAGAACAGAAGAGUCAGAAUCAUGAUGCCGAUGGUGCUCUGGAUAAAGCAAAGAAAAAGAAGAAAGGGAAAUCAGCUUCUGAGACAUUGAAGAAGAUUGAUGCAGGAGCUGCACCUGCUGGGGCGGAUGGUGACAAGGGAAAGAGUGAUGCGGUAGAAACAGUGAAAGAUUAUAAUGAGAAAAAGACUAAAAAGAAGCGAAAGAAGUCUGAUUCUGAAGAAAAUGUUCAGGUAGAAGGCAAAGAAGAUGAGGGGAAAGGUUCAGUUCCAAAACCAGAUGACGAGAACAAGAGUGGAAUGGAGAUCGAAGAAAGUGAAGAUGGAAGGCCUUCAAGUGAGAAUGCAGUUGUUGGCAAGAAACGGAAACUAGAAGAAGUAGAAGGAAGCAACCCCCUUGCGAAAGAAAAUGGUACAGACAACCAGACUCUCAGCAAUGGUUUUGAGGAUAAUUCAAAGGAGAACAGCACCAUAUCAAAUCCGAGUAAAAGGCAGAAACAAUCAUCUGAACCUAAAACUGUGAAUGCAUUUCAACGGGUGAAGAUGGAGGAUGUCAAAUUUGCUGAUGAAAGACUUCAGGAUAACUCAUAUUGGGCUAAGAGUGGUGCAGAAUCUGGUUACGGUGCAAAGGCACAAGAGGUCCUUGGCCAAGUCAGAGGAAGGGGUUUCAGGCAUGAGAAGACCAAGAAGAAGCGUGGAACCUACAGGGGUGGGCAAAUUGAUUUACAAACCCACUCGAUCAAGUUCAACAAUUCAGAUGAUGAGUGACCAGCUUUGCUUCUCCAAGCUGGUAGUUCACCAUUUUUGUGACCAUUACCUGAUCAGUCAUGCUGAAAGAAAGAAGUGAGGCCAUGGAUGCGAUGCACCAGACUGUUGUAGUUUUGUUAUGAUGAAUGUGCUGCUAAAUCGUCUAAAUUUUGUGUUGGGCUCGCUGAUGUAUCAAUUUUGCCACUGCUGAAUGCCGAUGCGACAUACCGUACUACUACAUAUUAUCAUUUACUUCUACUA